GUUUGGUCUCGCGAGCUUCGGCGCCGUGUUGCAAGUGGGGCAGAGUUGCAACUGGAGGCGUCGAAAACAAAGUGAACGUUUUAGGACUGCGCGUGCAAUCAAACGGGGAUUUUGCAACAUUUCGCAAGAGGACAAGGCUAACUUUCAAGUUGUCGCACGGCCAGGAGGAAAUAAACAAAGCUCGCCGAGAUUGUGGUUUCGUAAGUUUUGGGGAAGUUGAAGUCCGGCUGCAGACGAGACGAAAGUCAGUCGACUUGGCAGUCCGGUGGUCGGCAGCAAUGUCGCAGAAAGAGAGACCCAAGUUUUACCUGCAGGAAGUCAACAAAGCCAUAUGGGAAGUCCCGGAGCGCUAUCAGAACUUGUCUCCGGUCGGCUCCGGCGCGUACGGAUCCGUUUGUUCUGCUUACGAUGUGAAGAGCGGCCUAAAAUUAGCGGUCAAGAAGCUCUCCAGACCCUUUCAGUCCAUCAUCCACGCCAAGCGCACCUACAGGGAGCUCCGCUUGUUGAAGCACAUGAAGCAUGAAAACGUGAUUGGCCUCCUGGACGUUUUCAGCCCUGCCACUUCUCUGAAGGAGUUCUCAGAUGUGUACCUGGUAACUCAUUUAAUGGGCGCGGACCUGAACAACAUUGUGAAAUGUCAAAAGCUGACAGACGACCACGUGCAGUUCCUCAUAUAUCAGAUCCUCAGAGGCCUGAAGUACAUCCACUCGGCGGACAUCAUUCACAGAGAUCUGAAACCCAGCAACCUGGCCGUCAAUGAGGAUUGUGAGCUGAAGAUUUUGGACUUUGGCUUGGCGCGGCACACCAACGACGAGAUGACCGGCUACGUAGCCACGCGCUGGUACCGCGCCCCCGAGAUCAUGUUGAACUGGAUGCAUUACAACAUGACCGUGGAUAUUUGGUCGGUGGGCUGCAUCAUGGCGGAACUUCUCACCGGAAGAACGUUGUUCCCGGGAACGGACCACAUAAACCAACUUCAGCAGAUAAUGCGGUUGACGGGAACGCCACCGGCGUCGCUAAUAAACAGGAUGCCCAGCCACGAGGCCAGAAACUACAUCAGCUCCUUGGCGUACAUGCCCAAGAGGAAUUUUGCUGACGUAUUUAUCGGCGCCAAUCCGCAAGCCGUCGACCUGCUGGAGAAAAUGCUGGUUCUGGACACCGAUAAACGCAUCACGGCGGCCCAGGCGCUGGCCCACCCGUACUUCACUCAGUAUCACGACCCCGACGACGAGCCCGAGGCCGAACCGUACGACCAGAGCUUUGAGAGCCGCGAGCUGGAGAUCGAGGAGUGGAAACGGUUGACCUACGAGGAGGUGUGCAGUUUCGAGCCCCCCAUCUUUGACGAGGAUGACAUGGAGUAACGGGAAGCCCUUACAGCUGACAAAUUGUAAAUAUUUUUGCAUUCGCCGUCAAGCUCUCCAGCAAGCGCCGAGCGGUCUGCCUUUCGCCAGGCUUCUUGCUCCCGGAGGAAAACGUCAAACCACUAAAUAUGCUUCUCGUCGUCAUCAUCCCUGAAACACGUUUCAUUUUCAUCUCGCCUGUUUUCGCUCAAAUCACAUGUUUACUCGCCGCUGUGACACUCGCAUGCUGAAGGAGGUGCCACUUGAGAGCGUUCUUGUAAAAGUAUUUUGUCAACUCAAGUAAAUGUUCGUCCGCCAUUCAUCAGGUGACGAUGCAACAUUGACACGGAUGUUCUGUCAAUAUUUUUCACUCAGCAUUUUCUAUUUGCCCGACAAUUUUUGCAAAUUCAAAGUUGAACACAAAAAGCGUGUGACAAAUGUGCCGCAUUUACAAUGAAUUGUGCAUCCCUGUCCAGAAUUUACUAAAAAAAUAUUUCUUUUUUUUUCUUUUUGUGCUGACUGCUAUGUGAGUGUCAUAAUGUGGCGAUAGAAAAACCGCUUAAAUGUGUAAAAGAGCUAUUUGAGAUCUAUUUAUACUUUGUGGAGGAUGUAUUUAUAAAUGAGAACUCCCGUCUAUUUUCAGUCCAACAGAGUAUCGACUUGUCAUUUGAUAAGCAAAAUAAAAAAUAUUUUUAAGACG